UAACUCUUGGUUAGACUGUUAUAAAAAUGUCUUCUUAACCUUAUACUUGUUAAGAGAAUUAUUUCUGUUUUAAUCAGGUAUACAUACAAUUUUGGCAACGUUCACUAUCCAUAAUCAACAAAGGUUAAAAAAAUACAAAAUAUUGAAAUAAAAGUUCUAGUUCUUAAGUUACAAUAAAUGAAAGUUAAACUUUGACUGAAGCUUUCAAAAAAUGACUUCAUGUUAUACAAUGAAACCAUUUUCUCAAGCACUCUAAAAAUUGUGAGUAAAAGUGGUAACUGUGAUGGAAGAAUUAAAUGUUGUCCUUUUGCCAACUUCAGCAGUAGCUAUGGACGAUUGUAUUAGACAAAUUUCACACACAGAGACUGAAGUAAUACAAGAAAUUACCUGCUCUGAAGAGGUCAGUUUGAAAACUAAACAGAUAGAGAAUAAUACAACUGAUACAGUGGGAAAGGCUAUUGAUGGUGUUCAUAUGAGUGGACAGGAGGUAAAUUGUUCAGUGACUGAAGGUACAUCAGUAAAAGAAAACAUAAAUAAUGAGCCCCUUAAUCUACAAAAUGUAACAUUAUUAACUGGUGCAUGGAAUGAAUUCAUCCACAGUGAAAAACAUGAAAUUUUUUAAAAGGUUGCAAGUGGUCACCGGACGGGACAUGCCUUCUGACCAACAGCAAUGAUUCAUUAAUGAGACUGUUUGAUUUGCCGAUGAACCUUUAUAAUUGUCAUAAACUUACUAUUUUUGAUUUCCCUGAGUUGAAGCCAUCGUUGAAGACCAAGGUGGGAGGUCUGGUGUAUGACUACAGCUGGUAUCCUCUUAUGACUUCCACCAACCCUGAUACGUGCUGUUUUGUGACUACAAGUUUCUGUUCGCCAAUUCACUUGUGGGAUGCAUUUUCAGGCAAACUACGCUGUUCCUAUAAAGGCUAUAAUGCGUUGGAUGAGAUGCAUGCUGCACUGAGUGUAGUAUUUAACCCUUCUGGAGAACUCCUGUUGUGUGGCUACAAGAACAGCAUCAAUAUAUUCCAUACUGAUGUGCCUGGGAGGGAUUUUACCGUUAUAUCUACUAAAGAAAGGAGAGGACCAGUAGCAGCAUCUCCAAAGAAAGCAGUAAUUCAAAUGUUGGGAAAUUGGAGUACAUGCAUUAAUCUAGUUAUUUAUUGUAUAACUAAAAGUUAAUUUAAUUUAAAAAUUGUUUUAUUAUAUUCAUAGUUUAUUUUUUUGAAUGCAUUUAAUGUUUUCUUGUUAAUCAGACAUAUUUUAAUAUA